UCAGAAUUUUUUUUUGAUUCCAAAGCGCUCGGCUUUACUCCUCCACCGUGCUCUGCUCCGCCGGCGGCCGGCGCCCCUCUCCCCCCUCACCCCGCCGCCGCCGCGCGGCGAACCAAAGCGAGGCUGGAGGCCGGGAUCCGGGGACCACGCGCCACGAUGCAGCAGCCGGACCUCGUCGGCACAGGGGGAGAUGACGAGUACGAGUACGCGAUGUUGGAAACGCUCGUGGCGCGGGGGGAGUCCGCCCCGGUGGGAGCGCCUCGCUUCGACGGCAAAGACUUUGAAACAUGGCAGGCUCUGAUGAAGAUCCGCUUGCAGGCCUAUAGCCUUCUUGUGUGGGACAUUGUGGAAACCGGUUUCUCUUGUGUGGAUGAAGCAAAUCCAUCGGCUCUCGAGUUGAGGAGCAUCCACUGCAAUGCCCAAGCCAUGAACGCCAUAUACUGUGCCCUGAGUGAUGAUUAUCUCUUUUGUUACGUUGCCUUUGUUAUCCUAUAUCAAUCUACUGGAAAGUUGUUUUAUGUGCUCAUAUCAUGAAUAAGAAGACUCUGAUUUUCCCUGUCUCAACAGAAAACUGAGGAGGUAACAGCAAGCACCAAAGCAGCCAGAUCACGAGGAGAGAGAGGACAAGUCUUGUUUGAUGCCAAUCCCUAUGUAAGCUGUAACUGAGUGGUCUUCCCACCCUGCUUUGCACUGGAGUUUGUAUCUGACCUGUGUAGAUCAUGGACCUGCUCUUGCUGUUUCACUUCCUGAGAAUAAUUUGUAUCUGCAGAUUGGCGCUGUUGUUUAAAUGUUUCUGCUUUGCUCC